AUGACAUACGUAAACUCCGUUAUAAUGGUUUCCAUUGUUGGGCGUAUCUUUGAAUUCUUCGCGGUGCGCAUUAUGGGAGGUAUCGAGGACCUUGAUGCCGAUAUAUCUACUACAGGGAAGCCCCAGGUAGUGUUUUGGAUCGGAAGGGUUGCGGUUGCUAUGAUGAAAUUGAGUGCGUAUUCAGUGGCUGGGAAUAUCGGUAUCUAUGACAAAAGCGAACGGGUACUGCUAUUUGAGUUCUCCUGA